UGCUUCAUAAAACCAAUAGAGUGAGGAAAAUUUCCAUUCUCAUGUUUUAUAGAGAAAGAUAACUCGUUGAUGGAAAAAAGUAGCUCUAAUCAAUUAUAUUUUGUAAUGAACUAGCCGAUCGGCAGGUUCACACUUUCUUAUCUCGAUUGAUAUUUUUUGCAUUGUUUGCCCAUUGUGCAUCACCUUGCUUGUUGUUCGUCUCGCGAGAGCCGCUCGGCUGCAAAGAGUAUUAAUUGAAAGGCCGAGGCCCCAAUCGAAAAUUCAGUCAAUUGAACGGCGGCGAACUUGUUCCAUGCGAGAAGAGGACACGGCGCCAUCGGACGUCUGGCGCAACGAGAAAAACCUUGCUACAAACAAUAUUAAAGGGCUUGCGUGGAAUUGCGAGUUGGCAGUCGCUGACGAUGCCUCCGUCCGAGUCCUCGGACCCGGUGAUCGUGGCUCUCGGCUACUUCGGCCCGUGGCAGUGGCGCAUGUUGCUGCUUGUGGCGCUGGUCAAGAUACCGGCGGCCUGGCAGAUGAUGAGCAUCCUCUUCCUCGCCUCCAGCCCCGAGUCGUUCGGCGGCAUGUACUUUUGCGCGCGUACCGAUAAGGACAGGUGGACGCCGCAGGAGUGGAUCGAAAAGUGGCACCCCAAGAGCAAUAAAUAUUUGAAUGGAUUCGAUCCUUGUUUCGUCUACGCCGGCUAUGCAAAUGACUCGGCACCCUUGCCUUACAAUGAUGGACUGAUUGAAUGCAAGAACUUCGAGUUUUUGGUUGACCGAACUACAAUGAUAACAGAGUGGUCAUUAGUAUGCGACAGAAACAGGCUGAUAAACGUUGUCCAGUCUUUGUACCUGUUUGGAAUAUUCUGUGGCGGAGUCGUCACUUAUUCUUUACUGAAGAUUAUUUCACCGCGGGCGAUCAUUGUGUCUGGCGCGGCUCUGCAGGUGGCCGCCGGCAUCGCGCUGGCCCUCCAGCCAAUCUAUAUACUGCAUUGUUUUCUUAAGUUUCUCGUUGGUUUGAGCGCGUGUAUUAUGUUUUCUGCAGGAUACCAAAUAGUUGUUGAUGUGACGAGUGGUCAGCCAAAAUUAAUUGCUGGUGUGUGCUACGAAUUGUUCUGGUCUUUCGGCGCACUCUCCUUAGGCUGGAUGAACGAGGCAGCUGGGUCGUGGUCUAAUUUACAACUGAUGAUUACAUGUCCUACCUUAUUGUUUAUCAUCCUCUGCUGGUUCCUUCCAGAUUCACCGAGAUGGCUAAUCGCGCACGGAAAACACAAACAAGCUGAGAAUCUGUUAAGGUCGGCGGCCAAGGUCAAUGGAAAUAUAUUGCCAGAUGAUUUUGCGGUCUCGAAGCCAGACAAGCCCGCAACAAAAAAUGAUGCAGAAAAGGAGCCUCUUGAAAAAAUGAAAGUAUUUUGCUGCCAACUUAUUUGGAUUUCUACCAUUGUCACAUAUUACGGUGGCUUGUUGAACUUUCGGAAUGUCGGAGGAACGAAUCUCCCAGGAAGGACGACAAUUGCAGGUGCUGCCGAGAUCGUCGGAACGAUGAUCGGGCUGGUGUUGGUCUUAAAGUCGAGGUAUAAAAUCGGCUUUAUGAGCUUUCUCCUGUUCAUUGGAGGAAUUUGCUGCGUAUGCUCGUGGGCUAUUACGCCAAAUUUUAUGGGCAGCCGCGGAGGAUGGACAAUGGUUGGUUUGGCAGUGGUUGGGAGAAUUUCCAUCGCCUGCUCGUUGGCCGUGAUGACAAACGGUGGCACAGCAGACUACAUUCCCAUUGCAAGGCGGCCGUUUAUAAUCAUGCUUUUGCUCACGGGAGGGAGGUUCUUUCUCAUGGGCGCGCCGUUCCUCAACUCACUGGCGUUUUAUGCAGACAGCAUUACUCUCUCUGCAUACGGCGUGUUGAUUUUGGUGGCUGCUCUGAGUUCCUUCUACUUAUUCUUUACAUCAGAAUACAAGCACGGGCCAUUGACGACACGUAUUUUGCCAAAAGCCUCGUCCAGUAUAAAACCAAAAGAGCCAUCAGACGAGAACAUUGUUGGCACGCAUUUCAACCCAUGCUUCGUCAACGACGAAGGAAUUGAGCGUGUUAUUUAGCUAGUGAUUCUUAUCAAAUUUUAGAAAUGCAGCGACAAGUUCCUGAGACUUAAGCGUUCUGAUCGCCAUUUCUAUUUCAUAUUUGAUAAUUUUUUUAUUGUAAUUUGCAAACUUGUUGGUCAUUUGUAAAUUAUCAUUUUGAUUGAUCCUCGGCAAGCUUGUGAAUCUGAAACAGUAUCACCAAGUAACUGUAGAGGCAGCAACCUGAAAAUAUGGAAAACAUGUGUGAUAAUAGAUUUAAGAUAUUUAGGCGUUGGGAUGAAUACCUGAGAUAAAAACUUUAUAUUGAUGCAGAACAAUCCAUAAACAGAAAA